GAAGGACCGUCGAGCCGGGAUGGCCGCGCGCGCCGGGCCGGGCGCCGAUUGGCUGCCCCCGCGCGCGCCGGGCGGCCCGGUCAUCCACACGGUGGAGAUGCACGCGGGCGGCGAGCCGCUGCGGGUGGUGCUGCCGGGCGGGCUGGCCGGGCUGGAGGCGCCCGAGGGCCUGCCGCUGCUGGCCCUGCGCCGCCGCCUGCUGGCCUCGCCCGAGCUGGACGGCCUGAGGCGGCUGCUGAUGCACGAGCCCCGCGGGCACCGCGACAUGUACGGGGCGCUGCUGGCGCGCAGCGAGCUGCCCGAGGCCGCCGCCGGCGCCCUCUUCGUCCACAACGAAGGCGCCAGCUCCAUGUGCGGCCACGCCGUCCUCUGCCUGGCCCGCCUGGCCCUCGACUACGGCCUCCGCCGGCCGCCCCCCGCCGGCCCCGGGGAGGUGCCCGUCACCAUCCACUGCCCCUGCGGGCCCGUGGUCGCCUUCGCCUCCUGGGACGGCCGGCGCAGCGGCAGCCGCGUCCGCUUCCACAGCGUGCCUGCCUUCGCCGCCGCCACAGAUCUAACAGUUGAUGUUCCUGGCUAUGGAAAAGUGGUGGUUGAUGUUGCAUAUGGUGGCGCUUUUUAUGCGUUUUUAAGUGCUGAAAGGUUGGGGCUUGAUGUUUCUUCUUCAAAGAUUAGGGAUCUCGUAGAUGCAGCUUCUGCAGUAACUGAAGCAGUUAAGGCCCAGUUCAAAGUUUGUCAUCCUCUCAUCAAAGACGUGGCCUUCAUUUAUGGGACUAUACUGACAGAUGGAAAGGAUGCAUUUAGUGAUGAACCGACAAACAACAUCUGUGUGUUUGCAGAUGCACAGGUUGAUCGAAGCCCUACUGGGUCAGGUGUGACGGCUCGCAUUGCCUUACAAUACCAUAAAGGACUCAUUCAACUGGACCAGACCAGGGUUUUCAGAAGCAGCUCAACUGGUUCCUUGUUUACUGGGAAAGCAGUGAAAGAAGUGAAAUGCGGUGAUCACAACGCUGUUAUAGUAGAAGUCUCAGGAGAAUCCUUUUAUACUGGAACUUCAACCUUCACUAUGGAGGACGACGACCCACUAAAAUAUGGGUUUCUUCUCAAAUGACUUCAGCUUCAGCCUGAUAACCUUGAUCAAAAAGGGGAUCUGUUUGUGCUUUACAUUUAAGUAUGAAUUACUUGUAAUUUAAUUUCAUGGGAGGGUCUUGUCCUUGCACAGUGGGAGUGAAUAUAAUGUAGUGACUGAGUUGUCAUCCAAGAAGUAUCCCAUUAAGAUUUCAUCUGCACAACUCCUCACUCAGAGGCCUUAAGCUGCCUACAACCUAUCAGUCUCCCCAUCUGUGGUGUAGGCAUAAUCAUACUGACUUCUCUUAUAGGACUAUCGUAAGAAUUACUAAGAUAAUUGCGACCUCUAACACUAUGACCAGUCUAGCCUCUCUUGGCUCUAGAGGUGCAGACAGGUAGUCAUGGGAUUCGUUAAGGACAUUUUAACCCUGCUUUUCUUCAUAAGAUAUGGAUCCAAAGUGGCUCACAACAUACGAAAUGUACAAAAGCUGAUCAAGUAUUACAGAUAUGCAACAGAUGCCAAUUUUACUACUAUAUAAGGCAGAGCAGGUAGUAAUACCCUUGCCUUUGAUGAAAUAUUCUCUCUUCAAACAGGGACAGGCACUCACUUCUUUCCUUUCCUUCCAGAAGGCGGUGUUACGGUCAGGGCUGGGAUUCUUGCUUGGGCGCUGGGCUGAGCGGGAGGGAGAGAGCAAGAGUCCAAAGCACGCCAGGGUCGGGAGCCAGAAAGUCCGUCCAUCAGGGGAGCAAGCAGAGGAGAGUCAGAAAGCCAAGCCAAGGUCUGAAAGCCGAGUCAUCAGUUCAAUGCAGAGACAAGCAAGGGGUGGUUGAGGACAAAGCCGAGGUCAGGACACAGGAGGUCUAUCCAAGCAAGGGCAGCGUACAAGGCAGAGGUGAAGCUCCCAGGAGCCGAGCUGCUGGGUGCAAGGAGUGGUGAACGACGUUGCUCCCACGCUGGGCUCUGCCCAGUGUUCCCCUUAUAAGCUCAGGACGGCAUAAGAGGACGAGGGCCAGGUGUUUCUCAUUCACUUGAUUGCCCUGCCUCGUCCUCGGCAUUCAGCUCCGCCCAUCGCUGCGCUUGCAGGCAUACACUCUUUCACCAUUCCCAAACCCCCUCUCUUACUCAAGCCCUCCGCCUUGCUGCUGGCUCACAAGGCUUGGCUCUGAGGCACCGGUUCCUCCUCCUCUCUGUGCGACCCCUCUCCUUCGCUACCUUGUGCUGAGGGACCGGGUUGCUGGUCACUGGAUGGCUCUUCAGGGACUGUGGGUGGGUCUCCCGCUGGCUCUUCCAGCCCCUCCUCCUCUGCAGAGGAAUGAUCCGCAGGUAGAGAGCCCAGCCGACGCGGGUCUCCGACAGGCAGCUUCCUUUAUCGUUCUGGGAGUAGAGCAGGUAGAAACAGCUCUGCCCUUGAAACCAUCUGAGAGCAGGCAGGCGCUGAAAUCUAGAAGGUGCUGAUACUCAUCCCUUCCUUCAGGAAGGCGAGCUUUUAUAGUCCAAGGAGCAGAGAAGGUGGAUACAGCUCUUCCCUUGAUAAAACCAUCUGAGCGAAACUAGGCAUUAAAUUCUAGGAGGUGCUGAUAUUCACCCCUUCCUUCUGGAAGGCAGUUUCCUUUACACUCUCAGGAGCAGAGCAGGCGGAAACAGCUCUGCUAUCUGAGAGCAGGCAGGCAGGUGCUGAAAUUGAAGAGGCUCCAAUACUCAUCCUUUACUUCAGGAAGGCAGCUUCCUUUAUAGUCCUAGGGGCAGAGCAAGCGGAAACAGCUCUGCCCUUGAUUAAACUAUCGGGAUCAGGCAGGCGCUAAACUCCAGGAGGCGCUGAUACUCAUCCCUUUCUUCUGGAAGGCAGCUGCCUUUAUAGUUGCAGGAGCAGAGAAGGCAGGAACAGCUCUGUCCUUGAUUCAACCCUCAGGGCAGGCAGGCAGGUGCUGAAAUCUAGGAGGUGCUGAUACUGAUCCCUUCUUCCUGGAAGGCAGCUUUCUUUAUAGUCCCAGGAGCAGAACAGGCGGAAACAGCUCUGCCCUUGAUUAAACUAUCAGGCAUGUGCUAAACUCCAGAAGGCGCUGAUACUCAUCCCUUCCUUCUGGAAGGAAGCUUCCUUUGUUGACCUAGUGUUACAUGAAGUGGUCUCCUUGCAUUAAAUAUGAUUUAUGGGGGAAUUAGCUAGCAAGGAAGAUGGCUAUGCAAGAGGCAGUAACUGGAAUCUAUCACCUUUGUAUACCAGGUCCCUUCCUAUAGUAAGACAAGCAAGUCUGGUGCUUCAAUAUAAAACAAUAACUUUUAUUGACCACAAGAACUUCAUGCGCGUACACACCAAUUACUGAGUGAAAAUAAUCACACACACAAGGGUCCUAGGAGAUAUAGCCAGAGGUUUGGGAAUAGAGCAAGAGGGAGUAAUAUCUACCUGUCCUGGAGCAGGGGGUCCAGUCCGCGUUGAGGAGGGAGAAAGAAGAGCGUCAAACGGCCAGCGUCCUCAGCAAGGCAGGAGGCUUAGAGCAAACCUCAAGGGAACAGCGCUUGUGGAUCUGGAAACGCAUUCAAACGUGUUCAGAGAGAGAGAGAGAGACUCAGGGAAGUGACCCUAAGGGAAGCUUGCAUGAUUUGAAUGGGGCUAGGACCCUACCUUUAUAGGUAAAAUGUGCCCUGAGGUGGAGGAGAGUCCUUCUGGAAGUUAGGACAAAGACUCCAAUGACUAGUUCCUGGGUUGGACAAAAGGCUUGAGUACUUGGAUUAAUAGCUGCCGGGGGUGGGCUGGGGGGCGGUGUGAAUGGGAAGGCAAAACUGGCCGGUUAGCUGGAAGAAUACACCGAAGCUAGGUUGAUAGUUUUAGGUGGGGAGCACAAUAUCCCAGGAAUGGCUGUACAUGCUUAUGAAUGCCAUUUGAUUAGCUCCUUUAAUCACAGAUAGGAAGUCUCAUCACGGAAGGAGGGAAAAGAAUGUGCUAAGUGGGGGUGACACUACAAGUCCUUUAUUGCUCUGGUCAUGGGUGAGGCCAGGAAGAUAGCAAGUCCAGUCGCCGCUUAAUCACCCCGCAUUCCUUUGCGGCAUUCCAUUCAUGCUAUGUCUCCCGGGUGGGACUCAGCAACUGCCCCAGGUCCUCUGCUGGCCAAACCGCAGCCAUUUUAUUCCAGAGGCCUGAACAUUUCCAAUAUUGCCACCAGCCAUAAAUACGAAGCUGCUAUAAAAAUGGGGGAGGCUGGGCCGACUGCUUACACUAGGAGCAAAAGCAGUGGAAACAGCUCGGCCCUUAAUGAAACCAGGAGGCGUUGAUACUCAUCCCUUCCUUCCAGAAGGCAGCUUCCUUUGUUGUCCUGAGAGCAAAGGCAGUGGAAACAGCUCAGCCCUUAAUGAAACCAGGAGGUGUUGCUUCUCAUGCCUUCCUUAUUGAAGGCAGCUUCCUUUAUAGUCCGAGGAGCAGAGCAGGUGGGAACAGGUCUGCCAUUGAUUAAACUAUCUGAAAUCAGGUAGGCAGGCACUGAAAUCUAGGAAGCGCAGGUACUCAUCUUCAGGAAGGCAACCUCUUUUAUGGUUCCCACAGCAGAGCAGGUGGAAACUACUGAUGAAACCAUCUGAAAGCUGGCAAGCGCUGAAACCAAUCACAGCACUCUGUUCUUUGGAGGUAUUGUGCGAAAGCUUGUGUUGUUUUAAUGGUGGUGAGGAUGUGAGUUAUGUCAAUGCUUUGUGUGGCAAGGUCUCAGCCUGUUUCUGGUAGCAGAUAUUGGGCAGCAGUGAGGGGAGAUACUUCAAAAAUUGGAAAUUGCUUAUAGGAGUCACUUGGUUUCCAGUUCUGGGUAAUGCUGCUUAAUUUAAUUUCUGUUGAUUCUACCAAGUGUCAUCAGAAACUUAAUUUUAUUAAACAUGGAGUAUUUGUCUGCCUUUUAUAUUCAGAAUAACACUACGGAGAAAUUUAAUUUUCUCUUUUACAUUCUCAGGACGGGGUGGCCAUUUUUCUGCUUUCCAGUUCCUUGAGUCUUGGGUGCACCCAUAUAGACCUAUAUAUAGGCUGAGGCCUGAAUGGUUUAUGUGGACGCAUUUUCUGUCCCUGAAACAAUUCACUCUUAGCAAGGAUGAACAAAAAGGAGUUAACUUCUGUUUAAAACUUUAAACAAAUUUGAGUGGGCCACCUAGGUGGAUAGUUUUUCAGCUGACCUCUUGAUCUUUAACUCAAGUUUCCCAUUCUCUGUUACAAACUGUCUUUAUUGCAGCCAGCUUCCAAUUCCUCCACAUUCUUAAUUCUGACUCUCUCACAUUGCUCUGUCGACUUUCUGGGCAACAUUCCAUCAGCUCUCAUUGUGGUUGCUCUUAAGAGUCAGACCUGGGUCUGCCUGGCACACACAAUCUCUCUUUAAAAGUUAAUAGUGGCUCUUUCAUGAUCUGCUAAAUUUCCUUUCCAACUCUCUUUGGUCAACUGACCAUAUUAGGGUGUGUAGAUGUACCUAGGUUACAAUACCAGUGUUCAUUAUAAGGGGGGCAAAAGAAUCCAGAGAGAGUUUGUGAGAAAGCCACACGCAGGAAGAUUUACAUCAGGAGUGUAAGAAAUAAAAGAGGAAGGCUGUGCACCAGGAAUCUCCAAUGCUUCCAUGCAUGCUGCUUGUCUAGGUCCCUCUGCGCUGUGCUUGGGCCCAUCUGUUUCUUGCAGAUGUGCAGGAUCAGAGGUUUGGCUCUACUAGAACAAAGUUCUGAAUUCUGCAACAGUGUUCAUGAAAGUUCCUUCCUCCUCAGAGUGACUUAUUCACAUUUCUUAGCAUAAUCAGAUUCUGGAAUGUAUUGUCGAAGGCUUUCAUGGCUGGAGAACAAUGGUGGUUGUGGAUUUUCCGGGCUGUAUAGCCGUGGUCUUGGCAUUGUUGUUCCUAUAGUUCAGGAACGACAAUGCCAAGACCACGGUUAUACAGCCCGGAAAAUCUACAACAACCAAGAUUCUGAAAUAUUUGGGCAAGAAGGCCUGACGUUUCUUGGUAUUUCCCGUGUAAAUGAAUAGCUGUAAUUCAUUGAUGAUGGGGUGUGAUUAUAGUGGCACUGAUUUGGCCAGGACUCAUCUUUGCCCCAUCCUUGGCACUUGGAGACCCAGACUUAAAUCACAAAUUCUUCUGCAUGUGUAUGUAUAAGCACACAUGGUACCCCAGAGUGCAAGUUACCUAAACAUGAAACAUCCCUACCAGUUCUUUGCACUUUCCCACACCUCUUGCAAGAAAGUAUCCUUUAGUAUAGAUGCCCUGGGAAAAUGCACUGUGUGCAGUGGUGAUUGUUGCCUCUAGUAUCCUCGAAUGUGACCAGUCAGAAAAGGGACAAGUGGAAAGCAUUUUGUCUAGUAAUGGUCCUGCUAACAGAAGUGCCUGCCUCCCUCCUAUGUGAUUGGUGCUUUCAUUUUGAAGCCUACUUCACAGCGCUACGUUUCUUGCCAAACAAUUCUUUCUUGGAUUUGAGUUCCUACUUGUGGAUUGGCUGCCCAUAUGCUGUGAAUGAAAUUCUAUGGCUCACUUUACUGCAAUAAUCAUGCUUGUUAAAAAAAUUACAUUUGUUUCAUAACUGUUUUGCUUUCCCUUGUUCAUUAAUGAAUUACAUCUCUAUUAUAAUAUUCAGUGGUCAAUUUCUAUUCUUGAGUUUUAUACAAUGUGAACAUCGUUACUUUUCAUAAUAAAAUCUAUCAAUUGUA